AUGCACACAUGUGGUAUUGGAGAGACCACAACGUUGUAUGAAUCGAUGGCUGGUGGCUCGUGUGAUUCGGCGUUGCGGCAGCUGGAGGCGCUAAUAAUUUCAACACCAAUGAGCGUCUUCAACAUAAGUCGGAGCUGCACAGUGUAUGUUAACCACGGGCAAGACCGCGCUCAACCCAAGCCCAGAGGUGGCCCGUCGAAAGGGGGCGGUGGUGGUGGUGAUGGCGAUGGCGGUGGCGGUGGAGGUCGCGACCGAAAAUGCUAUAACUGUGGUAAACAGGGACAUUUGUCCCGGGAUUGCGCCAAGUCCAGAGGUGGUCCGUCCAAAAGGGGCGGUGGCGGUGGCGGUGGCGGUGUCAGGGGUCGUGAUGGCGGUAGGCGGAGGGGUGGUGAUGGUGGACGGUCUACUGAAAACGGCCUCGCCGCGGCCGAAGAAGGACCUCAAUCAGACCGCCGAAACUGCGCAGCCGCCAAACGAGCUCUACGUCACAGCAAGGGAGACGCCACCGAGCCCACCGCCAAACGUCGCCCGGAUCAACAUUAUGGUUUAGCUGAACCAUUACCGGACGAUAAUAUUUCAAAGGAAGUAUUAGAAAAAACAAAAGAAAAUUUUAUAAAUGCAUUGAAGUUGGACAGACGUGAACGGUUAGCCAUUGAAGAACAAACAAGGGAACAAGCAAACUCUCAAAUUUGGCACAUUGAACGCAGAAAUCGGCUUACGGCGUCAAAUUUUGGCUGCGUUUGUAAACUUCGGCCAACUACGUCAUGCAAAAAUACUGUUUAUAGUAUAAUAUAUAGAACAUUUUCUUCGAAAGCAACAGAUUAUGGUAAAGCCACCGAACAACAAGCUAUCGUCGCUUUGGAAAAAAAAUUAAAUUGUAAAGUGAAUCAAUGUGGACUUAUUAUUGAUGAAGAUUUUCCUUAUUUAGCAGCUUCUCCUGACGGUCUUGUCAAUGAUGAUUUUAUAGUUGAAAUUAAAUGUCCAUUUGGAGUAAAAGACACUAAAACAUUUUUAGAAGCUAUAGACAGUAAAAAAUUAUCAUUCUGUCGUCUCAGUGAAAACGGUAAAAUGGAAUUAAAAGUGGAUCAUAGUUACUAUUAUCAAGUUCAGGGACAAAUGCGAAUUUCAAAACGAAAUUUUUGUUAUUUCGUCGUUUAUUCGGCAAGUUGGAUAGAAAUACAAAUAAUUACUUUCGAUGAUGCUUUCUGGCAAGACAAAAUGAUUGAAAAGUUAAAAAUAUUUUAUACAGAAUGCUUACUUCCAGAAAUAGUCAAUUCUCAGUACGGAAAGAGGCUGUUGAUAGACGACAUUUUAGAUCCUCAGCAUAUUUUGGAAAAUAUAAAAGCAAAACAGCAAAAACAGCAUAAGCAAAAUUUCAUCAAUGAAAAAAAAAAUUGA